AUAGUAACAGUGAGGUAGUUCCCCUUCGGCCCAGCGGGGGCGCUGUGGCGCUGCUGCGACACCAGCAUCGACUGUCGGCGCUGUGUGAUGUGAACAGUCUAAUCAUAAUGGCGACUGCUGAAGCGGCAGACUCGGCAUCUACUGGCCCGACAGGGACCAGCAGCAUCAGAAAAAUGGCCCCUUCCGAGAUGCCUGGCUCUUCUGGCACAACUCAGAGUAUGAAGAAAACCAUUGGACACCGCGGCGUUGAGACCACCACAGGAGAGACCACCUAUAAAAAGACCACAUCAUCUGCACUGAAAGGUGCAAUCCAGCUGGGCAUCGCUCACACAGUUGGCAGCUUAAGCCAGAAGGCAGAGAGGGAUGUUCUCAUGCAGGACUUUGUCGUGGUCGAAAGCAUCUUCUUUCCUAGUGAAGGCAGUAACCUUACCCCUGCUCAUCACUACAGUGACUUUCGCUUUAAGACUUAUGCGCCCAUCGCCUUUCGCUACUUCAGAGAGUUGUUUGGCAUUCGACCAGAUGACUACCUGUAUUCCCUGUGUAACGACCCACUGAUUGAGCUGUCUAACCCCGGCGCCAGUGGCUCUCUCUUCUACGUCUCUAGUGAUGAUGAAUUUAUCAUUAAAACUGUUCAACACAAAGAGGCUGAGUUCCUCCAGAAACUCCUGCCUGGAUACUUCAUGAAUAUAAACCAAAACAAGCGCACCCUGCUGCCCAAGUUCUACGGAUUGUAUUGUGUUCAGGCGGGGGGCAAGAAUAUUCGUAUUGUAGUCAUGAACAAUCUUUUGCCUCGCAUCGUCCCCAUGCACCUCAUAUAUGACCUCAAGGGCUCUACCUACAAAAGACGAGCUUCUCCUAAGGAGAGAGAAAAAGCUGCUCCCAUUUAUAAAGAUCUGGACUUUAUCCAGGACCUGCCAGAUGGACUGCUGAUGGAACCUGAUAAUUUCAAUGCCCUAUGCAAGACUAUACAGAGGGACUGCUUGCUUUUACAGAGUUUCAAAAUCAUGGAUUACAGUCUGUUGAUGGGCAUCCACAACAUGGACCAGGCCUGUCGGGAGCGUACUGGAGGUCCUACCGGAGACAGCGUUGGUUCAGAGGGAGCGGUAACUCCCGACCAGCGGCGGCCACAAGCCCAGAAAAGUCUAUACUGUACAGCUAUGGAAUCGAUCCAGGGGGAGGCUCGAGGGAAGGGAGUUUUGGAUUCAGAAGACCACAUGGGUGGUAUUCCAGCUCGUAGUAAUAAAGGAGAGAGGAUGCUGAUCUACAUUGGCAUCAUUGAUAUUCUUCAGUCCUACAGGUUUAUUAAGAAGCUGGAGCACUCCUGGAAAGCCUUGGUCCAUGAUGGGGACACUGUUUCAGUUCACAGGCCUGGCUUUUAUGCAGAGCGUUUUCAACAAUUUAUGUGCAACACAGUGUUCAAGAAGAUUCCAUUGAAACCAUCACCAUCGAAGAAGAGCCGUGGUGGAGGUCAGGGAGGGCUUAGAAGGGCCCCUACCCUGGGUGCCCCUACCCCUCUCUCCCAUGCAAUGGGACAGUCGUCUACUGACUCCAGACUUGUUUACCACAGCCACUUUAAAAGCACAGAUUCCGAGGCUGACAGUGGCAUGCACUCAGGCAAACCGGAUCUGGUUCCCAGGACACCUCUGCUAAUAGACAACCCUGCUGACGGUGAUGCUAACUUGUCCACCUCCUCGCUAGGCAGCACAGGAGUGGCCUGCACCUCCCCUGCUCUGAGGUCUGUAGGAGUGGAAGUGCACAAAUCAGCAAACACAGACCAUGACCAUGGUGCUUCCUACAGCUUGGGUGCAGAAGGGACUGCAGAUUAUUCCAUCAACCUAUCUGGAAUCGAAGAUAUAGUUUCACUGUCAGACAUAGUCCCUGAAACUAACAUUUAAAGAACAGAGACGGUGCUAGAUGAAGGUUCUGGACAAGGCGCGGUGGAUACAUGCAAGGAUAGAAUGCUAACAUCACCCAACCACUCGAGAUCCUUCACCCUCCACCUCUGGCGCUUUCUCACCUCAGUAUUUAUAGAUAUUGCUGGAUGACGCAGGGAGGUGAAGUGGUGACAGUGAGGAAAGCAGUGGUGAGAAGAUGGAGAAGAUGAUGUGCGGUAUGCUUUCCCAGGCAUCAGCACGGUUCGCACAUACUUGUUUCCACUUGUACCAAUGCUUAAGGGGGGGUGCAUGAUGCAGAGUUUACAUAACGGGGAAUACCAUAAUAAGCAAAAUAUAUAAUUGUAUAUUGUAAAAAGUUCCUGUUACCAGGUGGUGAAAGCAGUCACAUCCUUCAUAAAUAGCCAGUCAUCGUUGCCACCGUUCGCAGCAUGAAGAGAUGCGAGUGGGCACAGCCUGUUCAACAGGAACACACACGCUUAACUGCACAUGAUGGGCAUAGCCUGCAUUUGUGGGUGUGAAUAUUUUUUCGUGUGUUCAUGCACAGUCUAAGUGGGUUCACAUUUUCGUGACUCAUAGUGUUCCUCUCUUACUGCACAUCCAGUUCUCCUGUGCAGUCUUGAGCUAUCGAAGGUAAUUUUUCACAUCAACACUUGCUGCUGUUGACUCUGAUCAUAUAUGCAUUUGUUUUAACUGAUUGUGGAUGUACAAUAUUUGUUAUAAUUCAGAUUCUGAAAUGGUAAAGCAAAGAAUUGAACCAGACCAGUAUGGUAAUGUUUUAUGUUAUAAGUUAUUCUGCUGGAAGCUACAGUAGUGCUGGAGAGGUCUAAGUACAUCUUUCCACUGCCGAAUGUACUUAACAAUACAAUGUUUUUCUUAUAUAGAAUGUGUGUUAUUAACAUGGCAAAUCACAUUUCAACAACCCUGAAGAUCUACCCCUCUGAUGACCAUGUGUGCUGAAGUAUAAAUGAAUACAAAGAGCUGCCAGUACAUGAUAUUGGAAGUCAUGGAUUUAAGUUGAUGGACUCAUAACCAUUUCAAUCUGCUGUUUAUCUUCUGUCAUGUCUGUGCCUUUACAUGUGCGUCUCACCUCUAUCAUGUAUUUUAUAACUGACAUUUUUAUCAUAAGUUAGUGUUUUAUUGCGCAGUGAAACCUGCCUUAUCACUACAGCUGAGGUCCUCAUACUGCCAUUUGGAUGCCUCGAACAGUCAAGCAGUUGUUAGGGUUUGAACGAAUUUAUACAUAAGUUCUUUCCUUUUUGUUUAUUUCAAUGUCAAGAUACCUUUGUCCAAAACUUCAGCAAAAAUCUUUUGACUCUUUGACAUCAGAUUAAGGAUUGUCUUUUAGUAUUCCUUUUUUCUAUCAGUAAUAGCACAUCUACUCUUGGACCAGUAUUGCUAAUGUUGUAUACAUUUUAUUUGUAUGUAGUCCUAUUUAUUUUUGUUUUUUUGAUGCACUAAACCUGUGCGAGACUUUGGCCCCGUGAGAUAUUUCUGAUACAGAAAUUCACUACCUGGUAAUGCCUCAUUGCAUGUGGUCUAUGCAGUGGGGAGAAGAAAAAGGGGGAAAUGUGAGUGUAGAAAAUGUGUUAUUCCUGUUCAUCAAAGCAAAGUUGAGGAUUUAGGAGUUUUUUGUGUUUAAAGCCAGUUGUGGCACCAAAGAAAAGAGUUCCUGUAAAUGUUAAGGAUCCAUUACAGUUAAUGUGAAAUUAAACUACGGACUCCUGCACAUGUGCAUAGAUGAAUAGGUUGUUUAUGUUAAGAACACUGGGUUGAUCCGUGUGUUGAAGGCUUCUUUUUUAAGUGGAUGUACUGAACUAUUUCAUGUAGAUUUAUCGGACAUACAUCUGUUCACUGUUAAAGUUUAUUUUUUACUUAGAAUUAGAAAGGAAGCAGUUGUGCUUUGAAUAAUGUCCAGAUGAAUCUCCACAUUCCUGUGACUGAAAAGUUUUUUUUUUUUUGUUUAUGUUUUUUUUAAAUUGUGGUAGCCACUACAGCCCAUUGUUCACCAACUGUGUAGUUGGAAUAAUUGACUUGAAAUGUUUCUGUCAUGUUGAAAUAUAAACUACAGAUUAUCAACAAUUUAAGAUUAAUUUAAAAGGAUAAGAGAAAAGGACAGACACUCCAACUGCUUUCAAUUAGACAAUUCCAAGCUAUUUACCUAGAUUUGGUUUGUGUUUUUUUUAAAUUUGUAUUUAUAAUGUGUGGUACAUUGUUAUUGCUGAAUGAAGAGCAGUUGUAUGUAGUUCCUAUCUACUACUACUAUACACAGCACAAAGACAUCCUCCAGUGCAUAUGGUGGUGCACUCAGUGUAAACACUACCGUACAAUUCAUUUGAUGCAAUAUAAACCACAAUCUUUGAGAAUUGUAUUUAUUACUAUGAUUACUCCAGGCUGAAAUGAUAAUGUUGUAUUAUGUACUUUAGAAGAUUGUAUGUAUACUGACAGAAGGAUGUCUGAAACUUUAUAGUGUGUACUGCCUGUGAAGCUGGGACUAUUUGACAGUUUCAUUUUCUAUAUUUCAUGUUUAGAUUGUGAUAUAGAUAUAUAUAUAUAUAUAUAUAUAUUUCCUUCAUGAUGACUCUGGGUUGUUAAUCUCCCAUGCUUUUUCUACAUGAAUGUUUCACAUGGCUCACACGCCAACAUUGCUGGUUGUCCUAUAUGCUUCAAUUACUAUAUUUUUACUGUGUAUGAUAUGUUCAUAUGUAAAUAGGAGUCACGGAAAUGCCUUCUCAUGCAAUAUGUGCUGCCUGUCCUUGCUACAAUGUUUCAGUUGUGUGGUGGUGAUGUUUUCAUGUCAGAUUUCAAAGAAUUAAAAAUAUUUUCUAAAUCUUA